GUUCCAGCCACCACACCACAGAGACUCAUUAGACUUCCUUUCUUAGACAGGAGCAGAAGCAGAAAAAAGGAAGUUGCACCGAGUUUUGAUUUUUAAAAAGUGAACUGAAUUUUUUGUAUUUCAAACUCUCAAUCAUAUUGACUCCAAUCGCAUCUCCGCAUCACCUGUGCUGUUUGUUCAUCCGGUGGACGUCCGCAAAGACAUAUAGACGCUUCCAGUUGUUUUAUUUUGUUUUGUGCUGGAAUUUACUCGGUUGAUGGACGUAUAGCCGUCCGGCAGUUAUUCAGGAUAAUUCUACGAUAUUAUUGUGAUUCAAACUGAGAGCUGGUGCUGUUUUUUUUUUUACUGUGAGAAUUAAAAGGCGCACGAAAUUUCAAACGGAGCGCGCGAAUUGGAAGCGCGCCCCUAUACAUUUAUAGAGACAAACGGCCCAGCUGAGUGUACAGUGUCCGAGACGGACAAGCUUCCGGCUGUCGAGGAAUUACGGCGCCGCCCUCUUUCGGCUAUUAUACCCGUUGGGGAGCGCGUGAUGGAUCCAGAGACGGACGUAGACGGUGCCAUCAACCUGAGCACUCAUCAGCAGCAGCAGCAGACGGACAACCGCCCCGCAAUUCUGGUUGUUGACCAACAAACGACGACGACGUCCAGCAUCCAUCGCCAAGACGCUAUUUCAAAAGGAUCGCUUUCACCCGUAACGAAGUUGGACGGCAGUUCUCCCAUUCGCGAACCGGAAAACUUGCCGAUUCUGAGCACCGGCGGAAGUAGUAGUACAGGUUGCAGCAGCGGCAGCGACAGUAGCGAUAGCAGCAAAAGUAGCAGCCCGCCGGUGAUCCACUGGGAACCGGCCUCUCUGCUUUCGUCCCUUCACAGUAAGAAAAGCGAUCAGCCAAUUUCGUCGGAAGCCGAUCCAGCUGAUCCUUUGGCAGCGGCGGCAGCAGCGAUCCGAGCUCACCCGUUGCUCAUGACACCGCAAGGUCUCGCACUCCAGCAACACGUCCAGCAGUUGCUGCGUGACCAGCUGAUUCAUCCUCAGUUACAGAGUAUGUUGCUGUACCAGAAGCAACAGCAAGAAAAACUGGCGGACCUCGGUCGUAAACAGUUGGAGACGCUGCUGACUCAACUGCAGGAGCAGCUCCAGCUCAACUUGUUCCAGCAAACUCAGCUGAUGCAACAAAGGAGCGGAGCGGGCGUCAGCGCCGCCGAACGGAGGAAGAACAACGAACUGGCCCAGACGUUAGCUGGACAACAGCAGCAGAUCAUACAUCAGAUCCAGUUGACUCAUCAGCACUUUGUGCUCGGAUCGGUUCAACAACAACAGAAUUUACUCACAUCUCCACCCACUUCAACUGGCGAAGAAACUACGUCAGAAAUGGCCAGCAGCAAACCGACUUCCGUCUGGAACAACAAAGACUCAUCGACGCCAUUACCCGGUGGAUUGAAUGUCAACGUUUCGGCAUCCGGCCUGCCCACGGUUCAAGUCACCGCCUGUGACUCACCGGCUUCCAUCAGUCCCAUUCGAUCCUCUGCCGAUUCCGGUAGAAUCGCUACCAGCAACGGCCACCUGAACAACAGCGGCGUCUACUCGUCACCUCACUCGCACUACCAGCAGACGACUUCCGGUUCGGGUGACAUGAACGACAAUUUGAUCGAUCACCAUCACGGCGUCGGUGGUGUCUUCAACCCUUCCGGAUCCAACGGCGUCAAGAACGGCGACCAGCAGCGGAUCUCCUCCUCGUCGUCGACUCCUCUGUCGAAUUCUUCCUCAUCGUCUCAUCCGCUAUUCCUUUUUGGAGUGUGUCGCUGGCCCGGAUGCGAAUCCCCUUGCGACGACGUCUCCACCUUUAUAGAGCAUUUGAAUCGUGAGCACGUGCUGGAUGAUCGCUCAACGGCUCAAACCCGCGUUCAGAUGCAGGUGGUGGCUCAGCUGGAGCUCCAGCUGCAGAAGGAACGCGAUCGACUUCAAUCCAUGAUGGAUCACCUCAACCGAGCCCGUCAACAGCAGCAGCAGCAGCAGCAGCAACAACAACAACAACAAUCAACCCUUCCAGCUAAGCAGUCACCCGUGAAGAGCAACGGCUCCGCCAUGCGCGGCCCGCAGCUUCCAGUCAACUCGUCCGGUGACUCGAUGAACGCGCUCCAACAUCACAGGAUGUCCCCGUCGCUGGCCGCCCUGGUAUCGGCCACGAUGCGCGGAGUGAUGAAUCCGGUGACAGCCUCUUCCCACCAUCACCUGUUGCUCCAUCCGCCGACUCCUUCGACCCAACAUCACGGGUCCAUGAGCCAGCAAAGUCAGUCCCAGUCCCAGCGCCGAAGGCUGUCGGAGAAACCCAAUUUAGGGUCCAAUUCCGGCGCCGUCGAAGAUAUCCGCUUACGCAAACGGAGCGUCACUGAACGCUCGGCAAUGGAUAUUUCCGAAGGACUGCCUUAUCUGCUUGACAGAACUGGUCUGGAUGUUCAUCAAGAAUUGCAACGCAAUCGGGAAUGGUACCGGACCACGGAUACCCGUCCACCUUUUACUUACGCCUCUCUCAUCCGUCAGGCCAUUAUUGAGUCCCCAGAAAGACAGCUGACGCUCAACGAGAUUUACACCUGGUUCCAGAACACGUUUUGCUACUUCCGUCACAACGCCGCAACUUGGAAGAACGCCAUCCGCACCAAUCUCUCGCUGCAUAAAUGCUUCGUUCGAUACGAAGACGACUUUGGUUCAUACUGGAUGGUCGACGAUGCCGAAUUCGUCCGACGUCGACACUUGGCGCGCGGCCGGCCGCGCAAAUUUGAAAUCCCUGCAGCAGCAGCUGCUGCGGCCGCCGCCGCCGUCCAGCACCACCAACUUCAGCUUAAUCUAAAUCGUCCAACUUCCCCGCAUUCUCUGCAACCACCACCGUCGUCGUCAACCAUCCGAGAUCACAGCACUGACGGAGCCGAAUCUGCACGACCCCUGAUCGGCAAGAAUGUGGCCAUCCGCUCUCCUUGCGCUCAUCGCGACAAAAUCGCGACCCAGGGUGUUCAAUCGAAAAGUCCCAGCAUGACGCCCAGUCCGACGCUUUUUGGUGAAGCUCUCAACGCCAGUUUACAGGCUGCUUUGGCAGAGAGCAACAUGAGUUUUCUACACAGAAGCCAGUCUUCUUCAUCACAAAGUCCACUGGAUCGUUCAUCCGGCUUCCAUCAUCACCAACACCAGAUGCACGAUGGGUCGUUGGUCCUAGGAGCGAAACGUGUCAAGAUGGAAGCUCCGGAUGAGGAGCUCAGUAGUUGCAGCAUGAAAGCGCCAGCUAUACCUUCGGAAGAGUAUUAUUGCCGCAAUCCGGCCGGUGGCAGCAGUUUAGUGGUGAUCAAGCAGCAGCAGCACGAGACCAGCGGUGACGGUGGUGGCCAUCAUUCAAGUGGAACCGAUAACGAUGAUAACAAUGACGCUUCCUCAACAGAAAAUUACGAGCCGCUGGAUUUUAAAGCCUGGCGAGCCCAACGUUCGACCAGUAAUAACACAUCGACCGCUGCCGCAUCCAACGACGAGGAAGAUGAGGAAGAAGAAGACGGCUUCGCAAACACUAUCCCCGGACGCGCUUCCAUUACAGUCGAAGUGGGUCCGGCCUCCUCAACAAGACUAAUGGACGCCAGUUCGGCAACCACCGGCACCGACUUCAUGACACACACUGUCCGCAGCGCCAAAUAAGAAUAUUCAACAACGUUGUUGCGCUGUUUGCUCAGCGUGCAAAAUAGACUGAGCAACGACUUGAUAGUUGAAAGCAAAAAUAACAAGUUGAGCGACAGAUUGUUUCUCAUCAUAUUCAGGGCAGACAUCGAAUGGGAAACUUACAAAGUUGACCAUCACCUCUCGAAUUUCGCUAGUCUGUCAUUAUAUUUUUCAAUUUAAUCGGUACGCACCUCAGCCUACAGAUUGACGAUCCUGUUAUACAGACAAGCCAAGGUUUUCUAAACUCUUCAGUAUUAUCAUCGUGUUCACAAUUUGAAAAAAGCAAAAAAAUUACUGUUCAGUGUUUUGCACUUUGCCUUUUUCUUUUUUGAAAAGUCUUCGUAUUACCAUUUUUAAUUGAUUAUUCAAAAUCAACCACAACUCAUUUGUACUUUUGCUUAUGGCGUCUUUUAGAAAAUAUUAUUUGAGUGCCAAAUUGAUUUCAACCAUGAAAUUAAAAAUCAGGAUAAAAAGAAGGUGAACGUGGUACCAAGCACUCUACUACAAUAUUUGUUUGCAUCGGCGUUUUUAUUUUUGUAAAUUAACUUUUCUUUCUGGUCUGUCCAAAAGACGUCGCUGAAUAAGCAUAAUUUUUUUUUACUGUUUCUGGUUCCGUCGAAUUUUUGUCUUAUCUCACAACCCAUAAAUGUGAAUCUUUUCAUGAGCUGGCCCAUCUGUGAAUUCGUCUUGUGUCUUUUUGUAUUAAACAUGAAUCAUUGUAUAAGGUUUUGGUUGCUAUUUUUUUUUCUCUAUGAAAUUUCCUUGCUUUGUUCAAUAGUUUCUUCCAUAGUGAUUGAAUCAAGUAAUUUCUAGUAUUACUAGUACGCAACUGAAGAAAGACGGUACACAUGAUUUUUAUGCAUAUAUGAGUAGCAUUUGUGUGUUUAUUAUGAACUCAUUUUUCCUAUUCUUUGCUGUUGUAGAUCGGUCCUCAAGAUUCGAACAAACUGCUUUCGGUUUUUGUAAUUAUUCCAUUUUAACUAAUUGAUUAUACAAAUACACCAGUCAAUAAAA